UUUUCAGAAAAACAUGGUUGCAAAGCUAAAUCUUUGUUUGUAAAUAAACCGCUUAAACCGGGAGUCCCUUCUCUUGAAUACAUACAGGUUGAAAGCUGAAAGAUGGGUGCAGGAUCAGGGUCGGGUCGGGGUAAAUUCUCCGGCAAGAAAUGUCGUCUUGUUUCCAUGUUCGCGCUCACAUCAGCAUUCUUUCUGGUAGAAAUAGUUACAGGUUACAUAACCAACUCAAUGGCCUUGGUGGCCGACAGUUUCCAUAUGCUCUCAGAUAUAGCUGCUCUAGUUAUAGCUUUUCUUUCAGUACGAAUGGCUCCCAAGUCCUGGAGCAAGAAUACAUUUGGUUGGGCUCGAGCUGAGGUUCUGGGAGCACUUGUCAAUGCUGUGUUCCUGGUCGCACUCUGCUUCUCCAUCACAGUGGAGUCCUUCAAAAGAUUUUAUGAACCAGAAGAGAUUCAUAAUCCUCAGAUGAUAUUGUAUGUCGGAGCUAUGGGAUUGGCAGUUAACCUAAUAGGACUAUGCUUGUUUCAUGAGCAUGGGAGCAGUCAUGGGCAUAGUCAUGGACUGAGCAGAUCCACUCACAGUCAUCUCACAGACCUAGCGGACAGGGACGAAAAGGAGGAAAUAUCAGAGAUAAUCUAUCCCCGAGCUGAACCUGUAUCGCAUGGACACAAUCACGGGCAUUCUCAUUCCGCUAGUAAUAUGAAUAUGAGAGGAGUAUUUCUUCAUGUUAUGGCAGAUGCCCUAGGUUCAGUUGUCGUCAUCAUAUCCGCUUUGGUCAUGUGGCUGACGGAUUGGGAGUAUAAGCUGUAUGUGGAUCCAGGACUCUCUCUUCUAUUGGUCAUUCUCAUUCUUAGAUCUGUUUGGCCUCUUCUCAUAGAUUCAGCGUUAAUCCUCCUUCAGACAGUGCCAACCCAUAUCCAAGUAGAUAAUCUAGAGAGGAAGCUGAUGGAGCAGGUUGAUGGUAUCCUAGCUGUUCAUGAGUUCCAUGUCUGGCAGCUCACCGGGGACAGGAUCAUUGCAUCCGCUCAUAUACGCUGUCUGAACCUAGUCCAGUACAUGACGGUUGCGGAGAAGGUUAAAGAAUUCUUCCAUCACGAGGGUAUCCACAGUACUACUAUACAACCUGAGUUUGUAGAAACUGAACCUAACUCCUCUACUCUAGCUUCGUCAGAUGAUUGUGUUCUAUCCUGUCCUAAGGGACCUAUCACUCAGAUAUCUGGAUGUGAAGCGAGUAAAUGUUGUCCUCCACCUAAACUACCCCCUCCUCCAGGACCAGUUAACCCACCUAAAUCUAGUUCUAGACAGAGUAGUCCUGGUCCUGGUUCUGGUUCUGGAAGUAAGAAACGACGACCUUCAUCCAUAUCUAUAAUUAAAGAAACUAAUACAGGUUUAAGGGGAUUAGUAGAAUCUCCUAACAGAAGAUCAGCACCUAACCUAUGUUUGAAUGAUGGUAAUGAUGGUAGUCCUGAGAACAGCUGUGUAGAGAUGACUGCUGAGCUAAACCUAUCUGAUGAGACCCAACCUAGCAGCAAUAAUUCUUCAUUCAGACAGUACGUUACUGCUCCCCCGUUCCUGAACUCCAGAUCUACUCAUGGAACUAUAUUGAGCACUCCGGGGAAUUCCCAACCAACAUUAUUCAGUAAUCCGGGAACUCCUGGAUCUAAAACUCCGGGAUCCAGGUUUAGAACUACUCCUAUUCCCGGCUCAACAUUCUGCUCUACACCUUCCAAACCAAACUAUUCCGCUAGUCGUUCAUUCACACCUUCUACAUCAUCAUCAUCAGGUCGUCGGGCCUCAAGAGCUGAGCAGGGAGGCUCUGCUCGACGAUCUUCCCGUCCCGGUGAGAAUAAUUCUUUAACGCGACGUGAUUCCUCUUUACAACGUGAAUCCUCUUCACGACGUGAAUCUUCAGCGCGGCGAGAAUCUUCUUCCCAGCUUUUAUCGCGCGAAUUUGAACAAAGUUCCAGACGUACUUCGCGAGUUGUCGAUUUCGAAGCUGAGCAGCCAUCGCGAAGAACCUCGCGAGAUUCUAGUUCAUUAGGACGAAAAACUUCGCGAGAUUCCAGCUCAUUAACACGGAGAGCAUCGCGAGAUCAGGGUUCAGUGUCGCGACGUUCGUCCCGAAUCGGCGAGUCUGGUUUAUCGCCAAACAAUCCCGUGUUUUCCCAUAACAACCCUGCUUUCUCGCCUAACAACUCGGGAGUUUCGUCAAACAAUCCCGUGUUGUCGCCAAACAACCCUGCUUUUUCGCCGAACACUCAGGCCCCUAGUUCCCGAAGCAGUGCUGAACCAGCGAGCACUAGCGAGAGCCUUGAUCUUGACUCUGAAGAGAAUACGCCCAUGGUUCCUAGAACUAGGACGGUUAGACUUAUAUCAAAACAAUCUAAUGUUUAAUCCUCAACAAGAAAUAUCCCAAAAACAUAAUUAAAUUUCCGGUGUUUAGUCUUAAAGCUUGACCAUUUAAACCUUAAAAAAUGUUUCCUGAUAGACAUUGCCCUUUUUUACUACCUGAAUUUAAUUGAAUGCUUUAGGUCAGAAAAAGGCAAAUGACCAAUAAAGGAUAUUAGUUGAUUUCAAACUGGUUUACACACAAAAGAGUAAUUAAUUCGCUCCGGGAAGGGAAUUUAAAUCGACAAAACAUAGACCUGUCAGAGGUAGUCUUUCUGAACCUACGCAUUUCUGUCAGGUUCCUUCUUAAUUUUAUACUUUCGUCAUAAUUUCUUAUAGUUAAUAAUUCCUUAGCAAACUAAUUUUAGUUUAGUAUAUCAAUUUGCUAUGUUUCGUUCUGUAUCAUGUAAAAUGUAAAUAGUACGUAAAAUGAAAAAAAUUAUGAAAGUUUAUGGAAAGAUUUAAAAACAAAUAAUUAAGAAAUGUAUUCUGAAUUUAUCCAAGAAUUUAUAAAUAGUAUAUACAAACUAAUAAGUAGAAUUCAUCAAUCAAACUCAUUUUAGAGCGCAGAACUUUUUAUUUAGAAAAAAAAACAUUCUUUUGGAUUUCUUAAACCAGUUUUCCUAAUUGUACAUUGUUUAUUCCUAAAAACAUCCAAAAUCAGAUAAAUGUCAGAUAAUAUUUAAACGAAAAAUACCAGUUCUUAGAAUUUUGCAGUAAAAAUAUAUUUUGUGAUUAAACUCCGUGGACUCAUGGCAUAGUUAAAUAUAACUGAAAAUUUUAGUGCUGAACAUAAAAAAUAGUUUAUUGUAAAGAAAUUAUUAAAGUUAAAAAAAAAAAUCGAAGUAACUUCACUUUUAUAGUAAAUCUGUCAAAUUUAUUUCAUCAGAAUUAUUUUAUCAUCAUUAAUCAUUAACAAAAACAUGAAAUUUUUUAUUUUACUUCGAAUUUUAUUUGACCUGUUUGACUCUUUAUAAAUACCUUAAAAUAUGAAAUACUGUUACGUACUUAUUUACCUAUGUAUUUAUGUCCAUACAAGUCAUUAUUUUGUUAAUCAUUUUGUUAUUUUUAAAAAUUCAAUAAAUGUUGAUGAUUUCCCAAAA